GCUCCAGCUGCGGUGUUCCGUGCCGGACGUUCUGCAAACGGGCCAGUCCCAAAGUGGGAGGGGGGGCGCCAGGAGCAGCCCGCGCCACGCCGCGGGGACCUGAGAAGGCUACGGGGCAGGCAUUGCGACUCGGCUUCCGGACUCCGCAGGCCCCGGACCACGCCCGCGCGGAGCCCCGCAGCGUCUUCCGGGCCGAGGCGUGGCCAGGCGGGCGGAGGCGGAGGGAGCGGGAAGGUGACCGCGGCGUGAGGAGCCAGCGGGCGCGCAUUCGGUGGGCCAUGCGCGGCGUGGGGGCGAUGCUGUGGCUGUUGGUGCGCAGCACCUGGAACCUGAACCAGAAGCGCCACAUCUCCUCCUGGCUAGCCCGGUGGUUCCCUCAAAUCCCAGCCAAGCCCGUGGUAGCCCUGAAAACACCCAUCAAGGUGGAGCUGGUAGCUGGGAAAACCUACAGGUGGUGUGUGUGUGGCCACAGCAAGAAGCAGCCCUUCUGCGAUGGCUCCCACUUCUUCCAACGCACUGGCCUAACCCCACUCAAGUUCAAGGCCCAGGAGACCCGCGUUGUGGCACUCUGUACCUGCAAGGCCACCAAGAAGCCCCCAUACUGUGACGGCACCCACAGGAGUGAAGAGGUGCAGAAGGCAGAAGUGGGCUCCCCACUGUAAGGGAGAAGCUGCCACCCAGGCCCACGUGACCUUGGCUACAGGCCUGACGGGAACCCUUUGUGGAGAGGGAAACUGAGUGCUGAGCUCAAGAAGGGAUCAUCCAGAGACCCUAGCACCCACACAACUGGCUUGUGAAGGAACUGUUCCCCAUAACCUGAAGUCUCCAUUCUUGAGCAGCUGGUAACAGGCCCCCUGGUUCAGCAUCAGCUGGUGGAGACAAUGGCAUUAAAGCAUCCCCACACAGGG